AUGAAGUGUGAACUGAAGCGUAAAGUGAAGUGUGAACUGAAGCGCAAAUUGAAGUGUGAACUGAAGCGUAAAGUGAAGUGUGAACUGAAGCGUAAAGUGAAGUGUGAACUGAAGCGUAAAGUGAAGUGUGAACUGAAGCGUAAAGUGAAGUGUGAACUGAAGCGCAAAUUGAAGUGUGAACUGAAGCGCAAAUUGAAGUGUGAACUGAAGCGUAAAGUGAAGUGUGAACUGAAGCGUAAAGUGAAGUGUGAACUGAAGCGUAAAGUGAAGUGUGAACUGAAGCGUAAAGUGAAGUGUGAACUGAAGCGUAAAGUGAAGUGUGAACUGAAGCGUAAAGUGAAGUGUGAACUGAAGCGCCGGCCGGAGCGCCCGUCUGCAGCCUGGCGCUGUCCCACGACCAGAAGUUCCUGUUGGCUGGCC